GGAUCUCCUGUUGUCGUAUCAUUUAUCGGAGAGUGAAUCGUGCUUGGAAGAACGUUAACAUAAUAAUGAUCGUGAUUUUGGGAGCUUUGUUAGCUUUCGGUGUCAUAGUGACUUAUAUUGGACCGUACUGCAAAAAAUUAUGCACACAGCAUGAUAGGAAUAAAUCAACGGACAGCGAAUCAACUUUGGCACGUUUCAUAUUUAAAGAGGAAACUUUAAAUAGAAAUGCAUCUGAUAAUGAGAACAAACAUUUUAUCGAUUCGAACGAAGAUAAGAGGUCGAAACAGAUUGUGCAAGAGAGAGAACAGGAACAACAAAUCUUAAAAAUAAUAUUACCUCAUAAUCGAAACAGGAAGUGGUAUUGGUCACCUAAAUUGAAAAAUCAAUUAAACAUUGCUGAUUCUUGCUCGAAGAGAUAUCAAAUUCAUGAGAAUCCUAAAUCGAAUAGCUCUUCUGUCUCUCCCAACAACAAAUCUUCACAACAUUCUCCCAAUCAAGACAAUUCGAUCGGUGAAAAUUCCAAGAAAUCUGUUGUCGUAGAAAAAUUGAAGAAUUUCAAGAACACGCUGAUUUGUUCGAGAUCAGAGAAAGAUGCGCAAAACAUUCCUACGAGGGCUGGAAAUCAGCUCUCUCCACUCGCGUAUUCGACGAUGUUGAGGAAGACACGACUUGUCGACGCGUCCACGUCGACAAGAAUAAGCGCGAAUUCAAAAAAUCGUAACGAAGCUUGCCACGAAGAAAUCAGGGAAAAUUCGAAACAAUCGCCGAAAGCAAUCUGCGACAUAACGAUUAGAGAUAUAAGGAUGGACGAGUCGGAGGUAUUGGAUUUCAUCGAGUGCAAAGGAAUAUCGACGUCCGUUGUAACGACCAACGAGACCUCGAUUAUUUCCAUCGGGUUUCACCGUCAACAACCCAGCAACGAAGCGUCUCGUAGGGACACAUCCUUUUACGAAUGCCUCGGGAUGAAUUUCUUCAAAAGUUUUCGUCAAAGGUUCGAAGAUUCGUCCAUUUUUAAAUUCGAAUCGCGGAGAAGAUCGAUUCCUCAUAUUCAAAUCUCCGAUUAUUCAAGGAUGCAAAACGAUUUGGGGGACGAAUCCUCGAACAAAAUAUUUCCACGAACAAAUGUUUCGGAUCAAUUUCUUGAAAAGUUAAAAUAACGAUGAUAGAGAGACCAAUCGUUGUAAAUAGAUUAAACGUUUAAAAAAAAAAUCUCUUUAUUAUUUAAACUUUCUAAAUUAUCAGAUUAUAAAAACAGUUAUUUAAUUGAUACCAAUCAAUUGAAAGUUUAAAUAACGAGAGAUGUUAUUUUGACUUUUGAAAUCCUUGAAUAAUAAUAAGUUACGAUAUCUUUUUAGAAUUUUUAAGAAGACAUUUAGUCGAUAAAAUAAUUUAUUUCUCGUUCUGCGAAUCAGAAUAAGAAUCUCGGUUAAGAUUCUUAAUUCUGUUUUCAAUACUGAGAAUUAUUUUUUUUUAUCUCUAUACCUGUAAUAAUCUUUAAAUAUAUGAUUAUUAAUUUCUGUAUAAUCACAAGUUGAAUACCAGAAAUUAACGAAAAAGAAAAGACAUACACUGUUAUAUUUUUAUAUAUAUA